UUUUGCUUUCAGUGCAUAAAGCAGCUGGACGUUGUGAUUUAUUACCAGAUUGGCAUGACACAGUCUAAUUCUUCUACGUAUAUGCACGCAGUUGAUGGACACGGAGACAAAGAGCGACUAGGCUUCUUCUUCGUGCGCAAGCAAGCCACGGCGUACAGCCUAGUUUCAAAAAAGGCCACGGCGUACAGCCUCGUUUCAAAAAAAGCCGCGGCAUACAGCAACCCGUGCUUCUACACCACCCCGGUCGGGUUCUGGAAGAUCCGUGGUCCGCCGUCCCGCGUGAAGCACGACGGCCUCACCGUGGCCUUCAAGACGUCGAUGGACUUCUACCGCGGCAGGGCGCUGCACGGGUGCAAGACCCAGUGGAGCAUGUUCGAGUACAAGCUCAACGCGGACCGAGAAGACCUCAGGAACCUCGCCCGGCCAUGGAUGAACUCCUACGUCGUGUGCAAGGUUCGCAAGAGGGACUGUCGCCGAGACGCCAAGGGCGGAGAGGUGGAGGCUGCGCCGGCGGCGCCAUCCAAGGCGAAAGGGUUGUGGCGGCGCCCCGCACCGUUGUCAGGAUCCCCUCGUGGGAAGCCAAACUCAAGGAGACACAUCGGACAGAUGGACAAGAUAGUUGUGCCGAAGCGCGAUGUAAUACUACUAGAUUGGAAGCAGAAGGAGGCGAUGGGGGCUCCGGAACUAGAGGGCGACGAACCAGGCCUACUUCUUGGGAAGCGCAAGCGUCCUGCUACAUUUUAGGAUGAAUCCUGCCCUUUCGAGCUCGUAAGCUCUAAGUUUCUAACCAAAGUUGUAGACACUAGUAGUUUUAGUGGUUUUAUGUUUCAUGAUCCAUAGGUUUAAAUAAACGAAUAGAUGCAGAGUGCAGGUUGUGCAUAAUUGUCGGUUACUACAUCUCUUGUAUAUCAUAAGACUAUGCACAUAUGGCCGUGCGUUGCAACUUUUUGUAUCCAGCAGUGUGCCACAGCGUGCCACUAUGUGAAAGUAAAGUUGUCUUACUAUAAAAGAAAAAAAUACAGAUAUCUAGCUUCAAAAAUGGAGGGAAAACUUUGCCAAACUUGCAAAAGUGGUUGCAUUUUCUUGCUUUUAGCAACUUAAUAUUACUUGUGUGAGGUGUGUAGAUCAGUAGAUGAUCUGAAAACUACGGCUCCUAUGACCUGAAGAUAUAGAAAAAGCUUGAUUCAAGUAUGAAGGAAACUUCUGUCAAACUUUCUCUUUGGCCAUCCCGAGGUACAGUGGCCAUCCCGAGGCGAUUGAAGCGCUAGGAUAUCGGGCCGAUCUGAGCUCGAGCUCAGACACGAAUUUUCCAAUGGAUGCAACGUAUUGUUUCUCUUUGCAUGACUAGCAAUGAUUUUUCUCUGUGCAAUCAGUGAAGACACAAGAUGAAUGUAGCACCCCAACGUCAUAAAUUGCUUGGCCUUAAAAAAGGACGUUGCAUAUAGCCCUCCGGCCCAAUAAACUGGACAAAGUGGGUAUUGACGAUUUGAUGCAGACAAAAAUUCUCAUAGCAUGUGAUAACAUGACGGUUUAGGGAGGUGAUUGCAAGGAUAAAUGAGUUCCAAUCUUGUUUACUAGUGCAUGAAUCUCGUCGAAGGAAAUAUGAAGCUGAUAGUAUAGCAAAGUUUUCUUUAUCAUUAAGUUUAGGUUGACAUGUUUGGCUUAUUGAGCCACAUGAUGCUGUAACGAACUAUUCCUUCCAGAUUGAGCAAUAAAGUACAACAUUUACCCCUAAACAAGAUAUAUAGUACUCCGCCCUUUCAAAAAAGAUGGAUAUCUUAGUUUCUACGUUUCUCUAUGCUAUAUUAUGUAUUAGAAAAAGCAUAACGAGCCAAUUCAUACAAGGCCACCUAUGACCUACGACUUUAUGAGCCAAUGGUGUAGUAUAAACAAUUCUCUUGACUUUCUUUGUUUGCGAGUUAUUGAUCAUGUGCUCAUUUUACAAUGGAGGAAGUACGGGCUACGAUAGUCGGCUAUUAUCUUUUAUUUUUCUUGAGGGAGUCUUUUCGAAUUGUAAGCUGGAAAUGGAUUGCGAUACCCUUCCCUGAGCAGGGCCUGUCUGGACUUGUAAUUUAUGGGUUGGGCUUGGUUCUGCUCAUCAUAUACAAAAGACUUAACAAUUUUCACAAAAUUUAAAAACGUUCAUGAAUCCAAAAUAUUGAUGAAUUUAAAAAAUGCUAAUAAAUUCAAAAAUGUUCAUGCGUUUUUUAGAAAAAAUAGAAAUUUGCAAAACUACUCCUAGGUUUUAAAAAUUAUUCAUGAAUUUUAUAAUUUUAGAAUAAAAUAUCUUAAAGGAGAAAUAAAAUGGAAAACUGUAAGAAACCCGGUAAAAACCAAGAGAAAACAAAGAAAGAAAAAGGCCGAAACCUUUUCCAAACCGUGCAGAAACUUUCAGGUGGAAUCGUACAUAGAGUUUCCUAAUUGGACCAGCCCAUGUGGCCAGAAGGAAUGCACGCUUUCUAUGGUAUAUGAAAUAUGAAAUCACUAAUUAAGAAGCACUCAUGUCUUAAGAAAAACUAAUUAAGAAGCACUCUUUGUAAAGGUCACUCCCACCUCCCAGAUUGCGACAACUUGUCGCAACCUUGGAGUUUUUCUUUUUUUUUCAUAGAUUAAUUUAUUUAAAACAUUUUCUCUCCUAAACCGUGAGUCCAAAUCUCAAAUCGUUUUACCAUGGGAUUCCUCGUGUCGAUAUCUUCAAAACUAGAUCGCUUGUUGAUAGGUUUCGACAAAAAAAAUCACAAAACAAAUCGGACGAAAAACCAAACUGGGAGCAUGUCUUUUCCCUUUCCGAAGAGGCACAACUGUGACUCUCGUGGAAGCAAAUCCGUGCCUCCACAAGAAGUAAAUCUGUGUCUCUCGUGGAAGGAAAAAUGUUUUUUUUUUCUUUCCCGAGGUUGUGCCUCUCACGGAAACAAAUCCAUACCUGAACUAGAAGUAAAUCUGUGCCUCUCACGAAAAAAAUGUGUUUUUUUUCUUUCCCGAGAGGCACACCCUGCCUCUCGAGAAAGCAAAUUCACGCCUCCGAGAGAAGUAAAUCUGCAACUCUCAGACCGUGCCUGUCACAGAAAAAAUUCGUGCCUGCACAAGAAGUAAAUUUGUGCCUCUCGCGGAAGAAAAAAAAACCUUUUUUCCUGUCCUGAGAGGCACUCGCGGAAGUAAAUCCAUGCCUCCACGAGAAAUAAAUCUGUGGCUCUCGGGGAAGGAAGAAAAAAA